GAACUUCAGAAGCGAGUUGCUUCCGCGUGCCGGAAGGGCUGCGCCUGCGCGCUCCAGGGACCUGAGUGACCGGGAAGCGGGCGCCCUCGGGGGCGGAGGUUUGGGGGCGGUGGCUACCAGGGAGUCCGUGUUUCGUUUCCGCUUUCCGCUUUUCAAAGUUUCUUCCGGAAAGCCGGAACGUGCAGGAGCAAGCCGAUGGACAGAUACACCCACUGUGCCCAAUUCCUGUACGGCCACAAGGGCGCCAAUUCCUCUCUGCACCCCGCCCAUUAAAGCGGUUUCAGGGUACACCUCUGUGGACCUGUCUCCCCAAAGUGAAAAGUUUGUGUUUAACCCGUGGAUUCUGGGCUCAGUGAUGAGAGACUUUCAGGGCUGGCUGGAAGCCACAGCCCAGUCUACCGAUGCAGUCUGAAUCCAGUGGGUGUGAAGAGGAGACCCCUUCCCUCUGGUGGGGUUUGGAUCCUGUGUUUCUAGCCUUUGCAAAACUCUACAUCAGGGAUAUCCUGGACUUGAAGGAGUCCCGCCAGGUGCCAGGUGUUUUUUUUUACAACGGGCAUCCAAUAAAGCAAGUUGAUAUCUUGGGAACUGUUAUUGGAGUGAGAGAAAAAAACGCUUUCUACAGUUACGGAGUGGAUGAUAGCACUGGAGUUAUAAACUGCAUCUGCUGGAAAAAGCUGAAUAACACCGAGUCUUCCUCAGCAACUACAGCUGCUCCAAGUGCAAGAGAACUGAGUUUAACUUCACAGCUUAAGAAGCUGCAAGAGUCCAUUGAGCAGAGAACAAAGAUAGAAAUUGGGGACGUCGUCCGGGUCAGAGGUUACAUCCGCACGUUCAGAGAAGCACGAGAAAUUCAUGCCACUUCUUACUGUAAAGUAGAUGACCCAGUGUGCAACAUUCAAAUUGCAAGGAUGCUCGAGCUGCCCAGUGUCUACAGGAAAGUUUAUGACCAGCCCUUCCGCAGCCGAGCCCUAGAAAAAGAGGCGCUAUGUAAAAAUCCAGGUGCCCUGGACCUUGCCAAUCUCACGUGUUUGCUGAGUGAAAAAGCUAAAGAAUUCCUCGUGAGGAACAGAGUGCAGACCUUUUACCAGCAGGAGUUGGAAAUGGUGGAGUCCCUGCUGUCCCUGGCCAACCAGCCCGUGAUUCGCAGCACCUGCCCCGAGCGAGCAGAUUUUAAGAAUGACACCACUUCCAAGGCAAUUCAUAGCAUAUUUAAGAGUGCUAUAAAGCUCCUGCAGGAGAAAGGAUUCAUUUACCAGAAGGACGGCAGUUUUGAUAACCUCUUCUAUGUAACCAGAGAAGACAGAGAACUACACAGAAAGAUCCACCGCAUCAUUCAAGAAGACUGCCAGAAACCCAACCACAUGGAGAAGGGCUGCCACUUCCGGCACAUCUUGGCCUGCGCCCGCCUGAGCGUCAACCCGGGCCUGAGUGAGCCCGUGCUACAGCAGGUGCUGGAGUUCCUGGAGGACCAGAGUGACAUCGUAAGCACAAUGGAGCAAUACUACAUAGCGUUCUGAGGAUGGGCUGUAGGCAGCCCUGGCAGAGCCGGGCCAGCGAGAAGGACCAAGUGGUGUUCAUUUCCAGGCCCUGGUUUUAAACAUCAUGCAGAGGCUCAUAGGUCGGGAGGCAGUUAUCUUAUAAUCAACUAUGAAAUAUGGUCAUUUGAGGAAUGGAAUUUGGCAUAAAUUCUGUAGGCUGCCUUCUACCUGCUGUAUUCUUGGGAUAAAGUGACUAUUAUCUCAGCCACACAUACAAGAAAACCCUCUCGUUUGACCUCCUCACUGGACUGAGCAUCCUUGGUGAAGCAGGAAGGGUGGGCGGAGACAGUGUUGGUGGCUGAAUCGCUGUGUGUGGGUGGGACUCCCGUGGUGAAGGGACAUCACACGGUAAAGCCCGUGGAUGUGGGAUUGAAGAGCAUGCAACCAGAUCACACAGGCCUGAAACUUUUUAAAAGGUUAGACUACCAGAAAUAUUCUUGUUUGUCUGCUUAGUAGUUGAGAACCCUGCAUAGGAAGCUAACUGUCCCUGAAUGAGUGCCGUGGAAAUACGCUUUCCAAUGGUCAGGCACCCACGGUGCCUCAUGAGUUCUGUGUUCAGUGCUUUUACAGACCCACCCAGAGAUGGCAGUAAAUGGGUCCCAGGCAUGGCUCUAGGUUUGUGUUUUUUUCUGAGUCACAAGGUGUCUCCACACACAGACUUGGUACGUGCGCAGACAGGUCAUAGAGUCACACCUCUGCUCCGAAUGACAAGGUCAAGGGAAAAAAUCUGAGGCAUGUAGAGGGCUUGUUCCAACAGCAAGGUGACAAACCCAGCCAGCAAAAAUCAAAUGUGGAGAAAGAUUUGGAGCUAAUUACAGUGCACGGCGUUUGCUCUUGAUGUGACGAGCUCUUAGCAGCUCCGCAGCAGAGCCUGCAGACCUGGGGACUUGCUCUGCUGUGUGUGGGGGUGAAGUGGUUUCACACUCAGAAGUCAGCUGCAGCUCCUCACAUCAGGCGGACGGCUAGUGCUGGCAGGUGGCUGGCUUCCUGUCACAGGCUUUUCCGACUUCACCCAGACCUCUGCCCUAUUUCUAUCAGCAAUUACCCAGAUGGCUGCCCCGGGUCCUCCCUGUGGUGUAGAAGAGGGUCUACCUGGAGUGAUACCCCCAUGGUUCUUCCCUGAAGGCAUUGGCUGUUCCAUGUUGAAUACAUCUCAGGUUACUGGAGCUGCCAGGAAGCAGCCUUGGAUGAGGCUGUUAAAAGGGCACACUUCUCUUGUACAUAGCAGCCCCACUUCUAGCGUUGAUCCCACGGGGAUGGCCACAUGAGUGUGAAAGGACGAGUGCACGAAAUGCCCACUGCUGUAUGUUUCAGAGUUCUGUGUUGGGGAAAGGAUAGGAAAAGAUAGAGUAUGUGUAUACAGUGAAAUACUACGCAGCCAUUAAAAUGAUGGGAGCAGACAGACGUUAUUGCCAUGGAGCACUGUUCCCAAUAGACUUUAGUGGAAAGAAAAUCAAGUUACAGAUCCAUUUAUAUAGUACAAUACUACUGAUCUAAAACUGCCUAUGUGUACAUAUGUGUCUAAUAUAUCUGUAUAGAGAGUUUCUGUAUGUACCUCUGUAUAAAUAUCGCACAUGUAUACAUUUAUAUAUUUUUUUACUGGGUCAGAGGUAUCAGUACAUUUCCCUGCACUGGGUACAUACAUGACUAAAUAUAGUGCCCCUUAAUGCCCUGAAGUUCCCGGAGGCUUUUGGCCAAUUAUCUGAAAAUAAUGGUAGACAUUAUUUUCAAGGUUAUCGUUGAAUGUGCAGGAUGUCCUGACCCCAUCCAUCCACAGACAGGUGCCCGGGCAGGUGGUGGAGUCACGCCUCUUUUCCACGUGACCAGUCCGUGCUCCUAGAAGGGCUUUCUGACACCGCAUUCCGAGUGCUCUCGCUCAGCCGCCUCUGCGCAGCCCUCCGUCUCCCUGAGGCUCUGGGUUCAGCCCCAGACGUGUCUGUCUAGCUCGCCUUCCUGGAGGUCUCAACCAGUCUCGUGGCUCCAGUCAUCCAUAUGCUGAGAAAUUCUGUAAUUUACAUCCAGUCGGGACCCUUCUGAACUGCAGACCCCUGCUUCCAACUUCCCGCUGAGCCCUCCACUUGCCCUUCAAAUGGUCUGUCUCUGAGGCACGUGUUUCACACCAUUUCCCAGGGUUCCUCUGUGGGAACUAGCUCCAUGCACCACACUACCCGCUAACCACAGCCAUCCGUGACUGGCUGCCUUCCCCGCCCUUCCCCGCUCCCCAUUCCUGUCUGAUACGCCUCCGAGCCCUUGUCUCGGGGUCAGCUUCUGGAUGAACAUAAAUGAACACGCUCAUAAAUAUAUUAGAAAUGCUGUAUGAAUCACAACCACACCAGACAGAGAUUACUAGAAAUGUUCACCAAAGUGAUACACUUGUUGCCUCAGAAAGGUGAGAUGUCGGGUGCUUUUUAACUACAUGUCUAUUCUUUGAUAUGUUUACAAUUAGCAAGAGCCACAAAAAUAAUAAAGCUGUUCUCCCCACCCCACACUCGCAUUACCUGAGUCACGAGCAAACUAAGAAUGAGGAGGACCUUAUAUCCCACAGCAACAUAGUAACUGACAGAUGAGGGAAGUCCCUGGAAAACCCUCCGGGGCCAGCCACAGCCGGGUCACUUCCCAGGUGACCGAAGAGCCCCCAGACGGCUCCUCUGCAGAGGAGGAAGACUGAGCAGGCGUUCUGCUCUCAGUGCGCACAUGUUUCGGGGGGUGCGAACACUGACCCAGUUUAUGUGAGCAAGAAGACAAAUGCUACCGUCUGGCCAAGGGUUUGUUUGAAGAUCCAUGAUUAUCCCCAUCUGGGAAGCUCCCAGUGCUUCUCAUCCCUCUAAAACACUUCUUUCUAAUUACUCUCCCUUCUGAUGGUGUGCCAGGACUCUGGCUGAGAGAAAGCCAAGUGGGAAGAAGUCUACACAGUGAUGAAGAACCCAGGUCUUGGUGCCAAGGAUCGAAACCAAGCAAACUGGUCAUUUUCCGUUGGAGAAAACAACCAGACUUUCUUAUUAGUGUGGUUUCUUCUCUACAAGUGGCCUCUAUAGCCACUACCCCCACAGAAGCAUCUCGUUUCCAUAUUAAAUUUAUGUGAAGCCCACGCGCACACUCACAGGCCACGAUGAGGCCGCAGCAGCCUGCAGCGGGCGCUGGGAGAAGAGCAAGGCCCUUCUGCAGGGAAACGGCCCCUGCGGAGGAAGGACCCGGCAGCAGUUUUUAUUCGCACGAUGGUCUGCUGGCGGAGGCUCGAGUGUGAGCCCAGAGCCCCGCAAAGGAGAGUUUUUAUGUAAUCCAGAAUUUAUUUUUCAAAGGUAGCCUGUUUUCUUUGGACUUUUAUUAGAUAAACCCACACAGGGUAAGUCACAGCCCAACCCAAGCUUCUAUGCACAAGAAUACUAGGUCAAAUUCCACAUCCCUGAAGAGACUCGAGUCCCUCCCUGCACGUCAAAUGAAAAUGAUGGGUUUUCAUUUUGGAACAUGCAGAGAGGAGUUUCAAAGGCCACAUCAUAGCCCCAGUCAUUUUUAGGUGGAGACAGUAAAGUAGUGUCUCAUUACUUCAGACUGAUUUGGUAGAAAGUUUAUGUAAAUGAGCCAAAAGUCUGGGUUUGAAGCAGUGCCAUUUUAUCACUUUGGGUGUCCGUGUUCCAUCUGAGUUACCACGAGGAAACAUGUCGCUGUUCUUAGGGAACCUGCUGUGAUGAAUAAGAAAUAUCUGAAUUGUGUAUCGUUAUUACUCAAUGUCAUUUAAUUAUUAUGUAUCACUUAAUAUUAUCAGUAGGUGAUUUAUAAGUACUUGAACAUUAAGAAAUUGGAAAACAUGUCUGUGCAAAAACUUGUGCAUGCCUGAUUACAGCAGUAUUAUUUCUAAUACUGCUGUAUUAUUUCUAAUACUGCUGUAAACCACCAAAAAGUGGAAGUGACCCAAAUGGCCAUCAGCUGGUGAAUGUAUUAAAACAGAUGUGGUGUAUCCCUACGAUGGAACAUUAUUCAGCCACAAAAAGGAAUGAAGUGCUAAUGCACCUUGAAACCAGUGCGCUAAGUGAAAGAAGCCGGAUACAAGGGACAAUGUAUUGCAUGGUUCCAUUUAUAUGAAAUGUCUGGAAUCUACAGAGACAAAAAAAAUAGAUUGGUGGUGGUGGUGGCCUGGGGGAAGAAGGUGAGUGACUGGUAUAUGGGGUCUUUUUGGGGUAACAGAAAUGUUGCAGAAUUAGAUCGUGGUGGUGUUUGAAAAACUCUGUGAGUAAAUCAAACCCACUGAACUCCUUCACAUUUUUAACUAGACCCUUAUUGAGAAACAUGUCAUUGGUUUCCAGUUUGUUGUUGUGGUGACCAAUUCUGCAGGAUUUGUACAUUUUUGUACAGUUUUCUUUUCUUGGCAUGUGUCUGUGAAUAUAUUUCUGUGAUAAAUUUCUAGCAGUGCAACUGGUAGGAGAAAGCAUGAGCAUUUAAAAAUUUGAAUAGACGUUGACAGGUUACCCCCUGCAAAGACUGGUCCAUUUCAUACUCCUGUCACUGAUUUGUAAGUCUGCCCUUUGUCCUCAAGCUCACCCGCACCUUGUAUCAUUGAGAGCUCUGAUCACUGUCCAUCUGAUGGGUAAGAACAAUUUCAGGGUUUUAUUUGCAUUUAUAUUUCUUUAGGUAUGAGUGGUGUUGAGCCCAUCAGUUCGUUAUGGGCAACCUUUAUACAGACGUAGUUCUCAUCUGGACAUCAGACAUUGCUGGCAGCAGAGGCCAAGGGCAGCCAGGGCCACAUGUUCUAGCAGGGGUAUCAGCUACAGAACCGGCCCAGAGGCAGGCUGCUGCGGUCUUAGGUGGUACACAGUGGGGGUAAACAUCAUGAAGAAGCUGAAUCUCAGGGUUCCCAGUCUGAAACUUCAGGUGGUUACGUGUGUGUGCAGAUAUUCUAACAAUACAUGAAAAUAAAACCAAUCCCUCAGACCUGUCAUGAACCAGAUGUCACUCAGCUCUGGUUCAGUGACUCUGUCCCCAGUCAGAGUCAUGUGAAAAACAGGUGACUUGUAAGAAAGUGCUUAAGUGGAGAAGAUAGUUUUAGUAACAGCUGCUCUUAUCGCUGUUUCCACUUUAAUCAACAUAGCCUAAUUAUAUUGAGGCUGUGCUUGCAUUCUCAUUAUUGAUUGGGUUUGGUACUGUUAGGGACUGGGCAACACCCCUUUCGAUAAUGUGCUUGGCUAGAAAUUGCUUCCUCUGCGAAAAGGGUUAUUUUUUUCCCAAAGAUAAUCAGUGAAUGGAGGAAAGAAAGCAGGAGUGAAGACAAAGUAUCUUUCCACGUUUAGCCACUUUAGAGCUAAUGUGAGCUCCAGCAAAGCCACAAUAACGUCUGUCUCAUAAGCUGCGAUGUGUGAAAUGAUUAAAUUGUGGAAAGUCCUGAA